AUGACAGGAGAGGUGGUCUGUGAUGUCUGUGAUGAGGUCAGAGCUGUGAAGUUCUGUCAGACCUGCACUCAGUACUACUGUGAGACCCACGUUAGGAAGCACUACACAUUAUCUAAACUACAGAGACACACCCUGGUGGAGGUGACUGGAGACCUGGAGGAGAGACUCUGUCAGGAGCACCACAGAGCUCUGGAGGUGUUCUGCAGGACAGACCAGAAGCUGAUCUGCAGUCUGUGUGUAGUAACAGAACACAAAGGACAUGAUGUAGUCUAUGAAGAGAUAAAACAAGCAGGAAGACAGGUAUAG